GGCAUCGACUCCGCCAAUAUAAACCAUGUUAAGCCUUCCGCCGCCCGCCCUUCCGCCGCCACCUGGAGGCGGCGCCACAGAUCUACCAUCCUUAAACGCCGCCAAGAAAAAGCGACGGCCGGCCGGAACUCCUGAUCCUGAAGCAGAGGUGGUGUCGCUGUCGCCGAGGACGCUGAUGGAGUCGGAUCGGUACGUGUGCGAGAUCUGCAAGCAGGGGUUUCAGCGGGACCAGAACCUGCAGAUGCACCGGCGCCGGCACAAGGUGCCGUGGAAGCUGGUGCGGCGGCCGGAAGGAGGAGGAGGAGGCGGCGGAGGCUCGUCGGCGACGGGGAGGAAGCGGGUGUUCGUGUGUCCGGAGCCUAGCUGCCUGCACCACGAUCCGCGGCACGCGCUGGGGGAUCUAGUCGGAAUCAAGAAGCACUUCCGGCGAAAGCACAGCGGGAGGCGGGAGUGGGCCUGCGCCCGCUGCGCCAAGGCCUACGCCGUCCUCUCCGACUUCAAGGCCCACCUCAAGAUCUGCGGCACCCGCGGCCACUCCUGCGACUGCGGCCGCGUCUUCUCCAGAGUGGAGAGCUUCAUCGAGCACCAAAACAUGUGCGCCGCCGGACGAGCUCAGGCCGAGCGUCGACUGCCGCCGGCGCCGGUACUCAUCUCCUCCGCAACCUCCAGCAGCGACACCUCCGCCGCCGGAGGUUAUGGGUACAUCGAGCUCCUGCAGCUCAUGCCCCCUUCCACCUCGGGCUUCACUCGACCCAAGGCCCCGACGUCCCCUGCGGCGCCAACGGAGAAAACAGAGGAGUGCUCCAAGGCCAUUGUUCUACAGCUCUCCCUCGGCCCUACUCCGUCGGCCGUCAAGAACGGUGAGGCAGCGGAGCAGGAAGCGGAUCAGGUCGAUGAGGCGAGGAAACAGGCGCGGAGGCAGCUGGAGGUGGCGGAGUGGGAGCUGGAACGGGCGCGGAGGAUCCGGCAACAAGCGGAGGCGGAGCUCGGCCGGGCGCGCGCCGCCCGGAACUGCGCCGUCGAGCAAGCAAACGCGACUCUACUUCAGGUCACCUGCUGCGCGUGCAAGCAGCAGUGCUUCAUGGCAACGGCGGCGGCGGCGGCGGAGGAGAACUCGUUCAUGGUGUCGUCGUCGGUGGUGACCGAGGGCGAAGAGGAGAUCCAGCCACCGAAUAAUUAUAAAGAUAAUAAUGGACAAUUAGGAGAUAAUUAAUUUGUCUAAAUCAUAGCUUAAGUUUUUAAUUGCAACCGAGGGUGGUCACUAGUCUGUGUGGAUUUGUUUGAUGCAUGUAAAUAUAUUAUAAUUCAUUAAAUUGUUGUUCGAUUCUUAUAUA